AUGUCCAGCCCAGCGCAAUCGGUUUCCCGUUCUCGUUCACGCAACGACGUUUACCCUUCCGAGUCAGAAUCUAGCUCAUCUAUCUCUACUGCAUCUGCUUCGAAUGCAAACUUGCCUCAACUUGAACAAUUAUCAAUUAAUGGUAAUUCUGUUUCUCUCCAACGUAGUGCUCAAUUUUCGCUUCGUGAUGAUUACAACCUUGUAAGUGCUGAUUCUAAGUUGAAUGCUCUUCAAGAUAUUCAAAAAAAGAAUAUUGCUAGGAGGUUGUCUCAAUCCCAAACACAGAACCCUGGAAUUAAUAAAGCUGAUAUUGAGUCAGAAAGUGUAGAUCAGACUCCUUUCUGUCCUCAACAAGACGAUGCUGACGCUAAUGCCAUCGCGAUGCCCAGGUUCCGUAAUCGUACCUUAUCUAUGUCAGCGCAAAGUACCAUUCCUGAUGUUGUAGCACAAGAAAAUGAUAGCAUUGCAAGUUCAAAUUCAAGUCAAUCGAACAAAAACGGUGCGUUGGUGAAAGCAACAACUAGCCAAGUGAAAAAGGAUGAUAGUAAAUAUAAGAUGGGGAUGUUGGCUGACGACCCUACUCAGCAUAUCUUGGAACAUCCAUCUCCUGAAUUGGUAGAAUUGUAUUCUAAUGUUCAAAAAUGUAGAGACUUGAGAAAAAAAUAUCAAACAGUAUCUUUCCAAUAUGAUUCGCAAAAUCCUAAAAAUGAUGAAGCUAAAUGGGAAAUAUACCCUACACCCCCUAAACCUUCGUAUGAUCCCGUUUCAAAGACUGUUUUAAAAGUUCAGAAUGUUCCCGAUCAUGAGAUCUUUGAUUAUGAUUCUUGUGAGAUACCAGGUAUAGAUCCUAAUUGGGAUUUCCAACUGAAUUCAGAUGAUACUUUUUGUGUAUUUGCUAAAAAUGAUCCUAAUAAAACGUUAAUUGAUAAUAAUAUCCCCACUUUACGUGAUUAUUAUGUUGAUUUAGAAAAAAUCAUAUUAAUCUCUUCAGAUGGCCCAUCUAAAUCGUUUGCAUUUAGAAGAUUGCAAUAUUUAGAAGCUCGUUGGAAUCUAUAUUAUCUAUUGAAUGAAUAUCAUGAGACAAAUAUAUCAAAGAAAAAUCCUCAUAGAGAUUUUUAUAACGUUAGAAAAGUUGAUACUCACGUUCAUCAUUCAGCUUGUAUGAAUCAAAAACAUCUUUUAAGAUUUAUUAAACAUAAAUUAAGACAUAAUGGAGAUGAAAAAGUUAUCUUUAGAGAUGAUAAAGUUUUAACUUUGAAUCAAGUGUUUGAAUCGUUAAAUUUGACAGGCUAUGAUUUAUCCAUUGAUACUCUAGAUAUGCAUGCCCACAAAGAUACUUUCCACAGAUUUGAUAAAUUCAAUUUGAAAUAUAAUCCAAUUGGUGAAUCACGUCUAAGAGAAAUAUUUAUGAAAACAGAUAAUUUCAUUCAAGGUCGUUAUUUAGCUGAAAUUACAAGACAAGUGUUUGCCGAUAUCGAAUAUUCAAAAUAUCAAAAUAGUGAAUUUAGAAUAUCUAUUUAUGGUAGAUCGAUUGAUGAAUGGGAUAAAUUGGCUACAUGGAUUAUUGAUAAUAAAUUGAUUUCUCAUAACGUUCGUUGGUUGAUUCAAAUCCCUCGUUUAUAUGGGAUAUAUAAAUCAACAGGAAUUAUAUCCAAUUUUCAACAGAUUUGUACAAAUAUUUUUAAACCUUUAUUUGAGGUUACACGUAAUCCACAAUCGCACCCAAAAUUGCAUGUUUUCCUACAAAGAGUUAUUGGGUUUGAUUCAGUGGAUGAUGAAUCGAAAGUUGAUAGAAGAUUUCAUAAGAAAUACCCAAUCCCAUCUCUUUGGGAAUCUUCUCAAAAUCCCCCUUAUUCAUACUACUUAUAUUAUCUAUAUUCUAAUUUGGCUUAUUUAAAUCAAUGGAGGGCCAAAAGAGGUUUCAAUACACUUGUUUUAAGACCGCAUUGUGGUGAAGCUGGGGAUCCAGAACAUUUAAUUUCUUCAUAUUUGGUAUCGCAUGGGAUUUCUCAUGGUAUUUUAUUAAGAAAAGUUCCAUUUGUUCAAUAUCUAUAUUAUUUAGAUCAAAUCGGUAUUGCUAUGUCACCGUUGUCUAAUAAUGCAUUAUUUUUAACGUAUGAUAAAAACCCAUUUCCUCAUUACUUUAAAAGAGGUUUAAACGUUUCCUUGUCUACUGAUGAUCCUUUACAAUUUUCUUAUACCAGAGAACCUUUAAUUGAAGAAUAUUCAGUUGCUGCACAAAUUUACAAAUUAUCUAACGUUGAUAUGUGUGAAUUAGCAAGAAAUUCAGUCUUACAAAGUGGUUGGGAAACUGAAAUUAAAAAACAUUGGAUAGGUGAAAAUUUCACAGUAGAUGGAAUGGAAGGUAAUGAUUUGGCUAAGACAAAUGUUCCAGACAUUAGAAUUUCUUAUAGAGAUGACACUUUGAAAACAGAAUUAGAACUAGUUAAUCAUUUUGCAAAUUUCACAUAA